UGCUAAGAGACGGGGCUGCCACAAACUAGGCGGAGGUUCUCUCCAGCCUCUUUCCUUUCCUGGAUCCGUUUCAGAAUCUCCAAAAGUCAGAUGACCAUGUCUGAUGGCGAAGCUGAUACCUUGCGAAGCACUUUUCCCUCUUACAUGGCAGAGGGCGAGAGGUUGUAUCUGUGCGGAGACUAUUUUAAGGCCGCCCAGAGCUUUAGCAAUGCUCUUCACCUUCAAAGCGGAGAUAAGAACUGCCUGGUUGCCCGCUCCAAGUGCUACCUGAAGAUGGGAGACUUGGAGAAAUCCUUGAAUGACGCUGAGGCCUCACUUCAGAGUGACCCAACUUUCUGCAAGGGGAUUUUACAGAAGGCUGAGACCCUGUACACCAUGGGAGACUUUGAGUUUGCCUUGGUGUUCUAUCAUCGGGGCUACAAACUGAGACCUGAUCGGGAAUUCAAAGUUGGAAUUCAGAAAGCCCAGGAAGCCAUCAACAACUCAGUUGGAAGUCCUUCUUCAAUUAAGCUAGAGAACAAAGGAGACCUCUCCUUCUUAAGCAAACAAGCUGAGAGCAAGAAAGCCCAACAGAAGCCUCCACCCGUGAAGCAACUGUCCUACAACACCAAGCACGAAACCAAGCGGAAGGGCUCGCUCAAGAGCGAGAAGACCGUCCGGCAGCUGCUCGGGGAGCUGUACGUGGACAAGGAAUACCUGGAGAAGCUCCUUCUGGAUGAAGACCUCAUCAAAGGCACCAUCAAGAAUGGCCUGACGGUGGAGGACCUCAUCAUGACUGGCAUCAACUACCUGGACACCCGUAGCAACUUCUGGAGGCAGCAGAAGCCCAUCUAUGCCAGGGAGCGAGACCGGAAGCUGAUGCAAGAAAAGUGGCUAAGGGACCGGAAACGCAGCCCCUCGCAGACAGCCCACUACAUCCUCAAGAGCCUAGAGGACAUUGACAUGUUGUUGACCAGCGGAAGCGCUGAAGGGAGCCUUCAAAAGGCAGAGAAAGUACUUAAGAAGGUUCUGGAAUGGAACAAAGAGGAGGUGCCAAACAAGGACGAACUGGUUGGGAACUUGUACAGCUGCAUCGGCAACGCCCAGAUUGAGCUGGGGCAGAUGGUGGCCGCCUUGCAGAGCCACAGAAAGGACCUGGAGAUCGCCAAGGAAUAUGAUCUUCCAGAUGCAAAAUCAAGAGCCCUUGACAAUAUUGGCAGAGUUUUUGCCAGAGUUGGGAAAUUCCAGCAAGCCAUUGACACGUGGGAGGAGAAGAUCCCUCUGGCCAAAACCACACUAGAGAAGACCUGGCUGUUCCACGAUGGACGCUGCUACUUGGAGCUGGACCAGGCGUGGCAGGCCCAGAGCUACGGUGAAAAGUCUCAGCAGUACGCCGAGGAGGAAGGGGACCUCGAGUGGCAGCUGAACGCUAGUGUUCUGGUGGCCCAGGCCCAAGUGAAGCUGAGAGACUUCGAGUCAGCUGUGAACAACUUUGAGAAGGCCCUGGAGAGAGCCAAGCUGGUCCACAACAACGAGGCGCAGCAGGCCAUCAUCAGUGCCUUGGACGACGCCAAUAAGGGCAUCAUCGAGGAACUUAAGAAAACUAACUACAGAGAGAUACUGAGGGAAAAGGCGGAGAAACAGGAGGUCACUGCCCUGAUGGAGUUGUCAGGAACCUCAUCAGAGAAGGAAGCAGCAAGACGAACUCGAGAAGACUCAGAGAAGAGUGGAAAGGAUCCGACGGAGAGCGAGAGAGACACCACGGACGAGGAGGGGUCGAAGCAGAGAACGGAGGAACAAGACUCCGGAGGACUCACCAGAAAGCUGCUAGGGGACAGUAGGGCGUCAAAUGAGUUGAGCAGGAGGGAGUCCAAGGAAAGUUACAAAAGGCUCUCACAAGACUCCAACCACACAGUCUCAGACAGUUUAAGCCUAAAGGAUCUAAAACCAGAGAAGAAAACGGCAGAAGUCGCCAGAGGGGAGGUUGAAAGGUUGGAGAAAACAGAGGGAGAAGACAAAAACAAAGACUGAGAUGCUUGGCAAACAGCAAAGGACUGGAGACUUGCUUCGUAGGCAUUAGGUUCAGGAGGACAGUGUUCCCAGGCGAGAUGUUUUUGACAGGAAAAACUGGGAGGCCCGCUCCUACCAGUCACCCCAUGUGCCCCGUUUUCUCAUUAAAUGUCUUAAUUUUUACAGA